AUGGAGCUCAAGCAGAACACGACAAUCGUCGUGCUCGGCGCUUCUGGUGAUCUGGCGAAAAAGAAGACGUACCCUGCGCUUUUCGGUCUUUAUCGAAACCAGUUCCUGCCCAAGGAUGUCAAGAUUGUCGGAUAUGCCCGCACCAAGAUGGACCACGAUGAAUACAUUCGACGCAUCAAGUCAUACAUAAAGACACCCACAAAGGAGACUGAGCAGCAACUCGAGGAGUUCGCCGGGCUUUGCACCUACGUCUCGGGUCAGUACGACAAGGAUGAGUCUUUCCAGGGUUUGGAGCAGCACCUCCAGGAGGUUGAGCAGGGCCGCCCCGAGAACCACCGUCUUUUCUACAUGGCGCUGCCCCCCAGUGUCUUCACCAUUGUUUCACAGCACCUGAAGAAGAUUUGCUACCCCAAGAAUGGUGUCGCGCGUGUGAUUGUCGAGAAGCCCUUCGGCAAGGACCUUGCCAGCUCCCGAGAGCUUCAAAAGUCACUCGAGCCUGAUUGGAACGAGCAGGAACUGUUCCGAAUUGACCACUACCUGGGCAAGGAGAUGGUCAAGAACAUUCUGAUUCUUAGAUUUGGCAACUCUUUCCUCGGCGCCACGUGGAACCGACACCACAUCGACAACGUCCAGAUCACCUUCAAGGAGCCCUUUGGUACCGAGGGUCGCGGGGGCUACUUUGACGAGUUCGGUAUCGUUCGUGAUGUCAUGCAGAACCAUCUCCUCCAGGUCCUUACUCUCUUGGCUAUGGAGAGGCCCAUCUCUUUCAACGCCGAGGAUAUCCGCGAUGAGAAGGUUCGCGUUCUCCGUGCCAUUCCAGCCAUUGAGCCCAAGAACGUCAUCAUUGGUCAGUACGGUAAGUCUCUUGACGGUAGUAAGCCCGCCUACCGUGAGGACGACACUGUCCCCAAGGACUCGAGAUGCCCUACUUUCUGUGCACUCGUUGCUUACAUCAAGAACGAGCGUUGGGAUGGCGUACCUUUCAUUAUGAAGGCCGGAAAGGCUCUCAAUGAGCAGAAGACCGAGAUUCGAAUCCAGUUCAAGGACGUCACAUCGGGUAUCUUUAAGGACAUUCCCCGAAACGAGCUUGUUAUGCGCAUUCAGCCCAAUGAGAGUGUCUAUAUCAAGAUGAACUCUAAGCUGCCUGGUCUCAGCAUGCAAACUGUUGUUACCGAGCUGGAUCUCACCUAUCGACGAAGAUUCUCCGACCUCAAAAUCCCUGAGGCAUACGAGUCGCUUGUCCUUGACUGCUUGAAGGGCGACCAGUCCAACUUUGUCCGUGACGACGAGCUCGACGCCAGUUGGCGCAUCUUCACCCCUCUCCUCCACUACCUUGAUGACAACAAGGAGAUUAUUCCCAUGGAGUACCCUUACGGUUCUCGUGGUCCUGCUGUUCUGGACGACUUCACCUCCUCCUACGGUUACAAGUUCAGCGACGCUGCUGGCUACCAGUGGCCAACAACCAAUGCUGCUGCUCCUAACAAGUUGUAA